GCCGAAAACACAAAAGUCAAAACAAAUUUAACCUAAAAGUUGGUGAAUAUCAAUAAAUCACUUAGAUAUAUAAAAAUGAAUACUCGUCAUAUAUUUAAACUGUUUAAUAAUUCACUAAUACCUCAAACAAUAUGCAGGAGGUAUUCUUAUAAAGUGGUUAAACGUCCAGAUCCAAAAACUUUGAAAAUGCCUACUCCGGGUUCGGCUCCUAGUCUAAUGGAGAUAAUUAGAGAAAAAAUAAGGCUCAAUGGGCCUAUUACUGUGGCUGAAUACAUGCACAUCGUUGCAACAAAUCCAACUGAAGGGUAUUACAUGAAAAAAGAUGUGAUUGGUGAAGCAGGGGACUUCAUAACAUCACCUGAAAUCAGUCAAUUAUUUGGUGAGAUUUUGGGUGUAUGGUUUUAUGCAGAGACCCAAAAAAUGGGCACAGGCAAGCCGCUACAGAUCGUUGAACUAGGUCCUGGGAAAGGAACCUUAUUGUUGGAUAUUUUGAGGGUCAUCAGUCGUCUAGGAUUUGAACCUGCUGAUAUUAGCUUGCAUCUGGUUGAGAUCUCAUCUACCAUGCAAACAGUGCAGGCUAACAAAUUAUGUAUAUCACAUAGAGAGGUGGAUAUAGAGCUGCCCCAUAACUAUGAGGGUGAAACCGUAAGUGGUAUUAAGGUCUACUGGUACAAUGAUCUGAAGAAAGUGCCCAACAAAUUCUCAUGGUACAUUGCUCAUGAAUUCUUUGAUGUACUACCAAUACAUAAGUUUGAAAAAACAGAAAAUGGCUGGCGAGAACUCUUAAUAGAUCUGGACGGUCAAGGAAAAUUAUACUACAGAAUAUCAGCGGAAGAGACUAAGUCCGUCAAGUUGUUGAUCCGUCCACCACUCGACUCUGGUGAUAGAACAGAGUUGGAGAUCAGUGCUCGGAGUCUGGGGAUAGCAAGGCAGUUAGCUCACAGGGUUGACGAACAUGGAGGGAUUGCUCUUAUAGCUGAUUAUGGUCAUGAAGGAGAGAAAGGCGAUACAUUCAGGGCUUUCCAUAAACACAAAGUAGUUGAUCCUCUAGAGAACCCUGGACAUUGUGACCUGACCGCAGAUGUGGACUUCUCCCAGUUAAGGGUUGCAGCUGCUAAAACAUCCUCCAGCGAGAAUUUUGCUCUAGUCAUGGGACCAGUCAAACAGAAGGACUUCCUCGAAAGGUGCCAAGCCGAAAGUAGGCUAAAGGUUCUCAUGGAUAAUGCUAAAUCUGAGACAGACAAAGAAAAGAUUAAAAUGGCUUAUGAUAUGCUUGUUGAACCAGCGAAGAUGGGCGAUCGAUUUAAAUUUAUGGCGUUUUAUCCCUCAUCAAUGGUGGACCUGCUGAAUAAGUUCCCGCCACUCGGCUUCUCUACACCCCCUAAAUCUUAGAUUUUUUUUUCUUUUUAAUAAUAAUAUUUUUAAGUAGUAGCUAUUUACAAUUAGAUUGUUGUGUAAAAAGAUUUUAAUAAAAUAUUUAAUGUUGUAAAGUA